AAAUUAUAAUUACUUCGUCUCAUUUACAUAUACGAUAUGAUAGAGUAUCUCCUAACCUAUAAAAUCAAACAAACCGCACUCUCUUUGAAUCACUCACCGACAUCAACCUCCACUCUUCUCCUUUUUCACCGAUCACUAUCAGAGCCCUUUGUCAGCAGACUUAUUGCGGGUGGAAGUUGUUUAACUGGAUAAGCUAUGGAUCACUUAAUGCGCCGUAGUUCCAUGUUUGAGCAUAGCUAUCGCUGCUACCCUGUCUCUUUCAUUGAUAAGGCACACCUCGAGAAGGGAGAUAAAAUUAUUAUGCCUCCCUCAGCUCUUGAUCAACUUGCUUCUUUGCACAUUGACUACCCAAUGCUAUUUGAACUCCGAAAUCCUUCUGUUGAGCGAGCAACACAUUGUGGAGUUCUAGAAUUCAUUGCUGAUGAGGGCCUAAUAUUCUUGCCCUAUUGGAUGAUGGAAAACAUGCUCCUCCAUGAGGGAGACAUUGUCCAAAUUAAAAAUGCCAGCUUGGUAAAGGGAACUUAUGUAAGGCUGCAGCCACACACUAAGGAUUUCUUGGAUAUCUCCAACCCCAAAGCAAUCUUAGAGACUUCAUUGAGGAACUACUCUUGUUUAACAACUGGUGAUACAAUAAUGGUUGCUUAUAACAAUAAGAAGUAUUACAUCGACAUAGUCGAAACAAAACCAUCCUCUGCAGUCAGUAUUAUUGAAACAGACUGUGAGGUGGAUUUCGCUCCGCCUCUUGACUAUAAAGAACCUGAAAAGCCCGCAGCAUCUUCUAAGUCGAAUAAGACACCACCUGAAGUUGAGGAAGAACCACCCAAAAAGAUACCAAAGUUCAGUCCCUUCACUGGUGUAGCAAGACGCUUGGAUGGCAAGCUAUCAACAGAAUCAGCUGGACCAGCUACCAAUCCAGUACUGAAACAACACAAAUCAGAGGCUGUGAAAGAUACUAGUGGGUCCAAGACAUCAUCAAACUCUGCAUCUCGUUCACACUCCGGAAAACUUGUCUUCAGUUCAAAUGUAAAUCAACCCCAAAAUGAAACACCAAAGAUGCCUUUGACGAAGAGCAACCAGGAAGCAGCUCAGAAGGUGGACGAUCAAAAGUUUCAAGCAUUCACAGGGAAAAAGUAUUCUUUGAAAGAUUGAAAUUGAUUGAACUUCUACGCCAUUUUUGAAGUUGAAGUUCGAGUUUAUCCAUUCAUGGUGUUUUGGGGUGGAGGUUCUCCAAGCUUUUUAUUGCCAUAUGAUUGUUCUUAAUUCUCCCCAUGACAUUUCAAAUUAACAAGCAGAAUUAACAGUGAUGAUGACGCAAACUCCUUUUCAUUGCUAAAUUAUAUAUUCUCUCAGUGGUCAAUCGAAGAUUCAGUUUAUUAA